AGAAGAAGCAGCAGCAGCAACAGCAGCAGAAGAAGAAGAAGAGACAUAAAGAUGAAAACAAUUAUACUUGGCAAAACUCGUCCGGCGCACAAUUUAAGCUGCUUACUGUAACCUGCGUGGCCAAAGACUUUACAUGUUGUGGUAUUAAUCUUUCGUUUAAUCCAAUAUGAAUAACUGGAGCAUGUUUGCAUUCAGUGCAGUGAGCCUACCAAGUGCGCAGACGGUCUUAUCGCGGUAGCUCCGUUAGCUCUUCAGAGUCUGUGGCCCGCUCCGGCUGGAUCACGCACAGGACUGCUACUUUAAAAACGCUAAGGUUUAGAACCAUGCAUCUGUUACGUCUAGUGUGCCGCCACAAGACAGCCCUGGUCAUUGCCACUGUAAGCAGCUUUGCAGUAGUUCUGCUCUUCUUGGCCAAAUGUACCUCAGAAACUCUGAAACAGGGCCACCAGGAUCCUCCUGGUCUAGCCCCUCGCGCUAAUGUGAUGCAGUCCCGUCCAGAGCAUCAUAAUCCUCCCUCCACGUCCAAAGACUUGUCAGCAUUGUUAGUGGUCCUCAUCACAACUGGACCGAAGUACACUGAGAGGAGGAGUAUUAUCCGCAGCACCUGGUUGGCCAAGCGGGACUCUGAUGUUCUGGCCAUGUUUGUUGUGGGAACUCAGGGGCUUCCCAGUGAGGACCUCCAGAACCUGAACACAGAGCAGGGGCGGCACAAGGACCUGCUCUUACUGCCUGACCUGAAAGAUUCCUAUGAGAACUUAACACUCAAGCUGCAGCACAUGUACUCCUGGCUGGACCAGAAUGUGGAUUUCAAGUUUGUUCUCAAAGCAGACGAUGACACAUUUGCUCGCUUAGAUCUCCUGAAGGAGGAGCUGAAGGCCAAAGAGCCCAGCCGGUUGUACUGGGGCUUCUUCUCAGGGAGGGGGCGAGUGAAAACAGCUGGUAAGUGGAGGGAAAGCUCUUGGGAGCUUUGUGACUACUACCUACCCUACGCACUGGGUGGGGGCUACAUCCUCUCAGCAGACCUGGUACACUAUAUCCACAUCAAUACUGGAUACUUGAAGACGUGGCAGAGUGAGGAUGUGUCACUGGGCGCCUGGCUAGCACCGGUGGAUGUCAGGAGGACACAUGACCCACGCUUUGACACAGAAUACAAAUCACGUGGUUGCAACAACAAAUACUUGGUGACACACAAGCAGAGUUUGGAGGACAUGUUGGAGAAACACCAGACUCUACAGCGUGAUGGCCGGCUCUGCAAGGAGGAAGUCAAGCUGCGAUUGUCCUACGUGUAUGACUGGGGUGUCCCCCCCUCACAGUGCUGCCAAAGGAAGGAUGGCAUUCCUUGAGUUUUGUCCUAUCAACAAGACUUAGUUUGCCCUCAGUUUCAUAUCACCCUAUGAUCAUUUUCAACCAAGUCUCUGUUGGAAUAACAUUUAGAGUUGUGUAAUGGAUCCCAGACGUUGAAAGAAGAUGCCUUAAAACAGUUAGAAACCACAGCUCAGAUUUGGAAAACCAUUUUUCUAAAACAAUAACUAUAAUUUUCUUUUACUUUUUUAGUUUCCAUGGGUAUUUAGAAUAGGGUGAAAAAUGUGUUUAAAGCAAGACCUUUCUCUAAUGUGAGGUUCAUGGAAGAAAAACAAUUACAUCACUUCAAAUUUAAAAAUAAGCUUAAGUGUUGAUGGUGAUCUAGUCCAGGUAGGACUCCUUUUUUUUAACCUUAAUCCUGAUCUACUGUAGUUUAGGCAGAGAGCAGGUAUUUAAAUUACAGCAUUAAAUAUUUUGAAAUGACGUCUCUCUCGAUCUAGUUUUGUAGCUGUGAGUGUAGAAAACUGGCAAACAAUAAAAAGAACUGCUGAACCCCCUCCUCCCCCUUUAAAGCCCCUGUGAGGAACUUCAGAUUUGUGAAGAUUUUGGCCUCCCCUGUCUCAAAUGAUACAUCUGAACUCUCUGCUCAUUUUGCCGUUUGCAUGUCUUCGUAGUGUUUUUGAACACAAAGCCUCAUCUAACGUUCUCAGUCUUAUCACUCAUUGAAAUCUUUGCUGUAGAAAGUGUUUUUAAAAAAAAAA